GUAGCGGUAGUUAUCGAUGCUGCAGGCAGAGCAUCCAUUGAUAUAUACCAUAGUCCUUUUAGUUAUAAAAAUUAUCAAAGAAAAUGGAGUUCAUAUCAAGAGAAACCAUCAAACCCUCGAACCCCACCCCUCCUCACCUCAGAAUCCAUCCUCUCUCCUUCAUAGAUCACAUCGUUUUUCGCAACUACAUCCCCUUGCUUUUCUUUUACAACUCCCCAAACCAUGAGCAAGCAUCCACAAUAUCAAAACUCAAGAAAUCCUUAUCCCAAGUUUUAUCCCGAUACUACCCUUUUGCAGGCAAGCUCAGAGAUCAAGUUUCCAUCGACUGCAACGACCAAGGAGUGUCCUUUCUAGUCACAAGGCUGAGAUGCAACCUAUCAACGAUCCUCCAAAACCCCACAGAAGAAUCGUUGAACCCUUUGUUCCCAGAUGAACUACAGUGGAAACCUAUGAGUAGCAGUAGUAGUUCAAGUAUAAUAGCCAUACAAAUAAACUGUUUUGCAUGCGGAGGAAUAGCAAUGAGCGUGUGCAUGUGUCACAAAGUUGGAGACGCGGCCACACUUUCAAAUUUCAUCAACGACUGGGCCACACUUAACCGCCAAAAAGAACUAGAACAAGAAACAGCAGAGUUGUUAUUAUUACCCUUCCCAGUACCCGGGGCUUCACUUUUCCCGCAAGAAAACUUGCCCGUUUUCCCAGAAGUUUUGUUCGUGGAAAACGACACCGUAUGCAGAAGGUUUGUCUUCGAGGCCUCCAAGAUCGACUCCCUCAAAUCCACGGUGUCUUCCCACAACGUCCCGAACCCCACGCGCGUAGAAGUCGUCAGCGCGUUGAUUUACAACCGCGCGGUUUCGGCUCUAGGGUUGAUUUCCAAGACGACGUCGUUCCGCACCGCCGUGAACCUUCGCACGAGAACGGUUCCGCCGCUCCCGGAGAAGAGCGUGGGGAACUUGGUCUGGUUCCUCUUCGUGCUUAGCCCUUGGGAAACGGAGCUGCAUGAGUUGGUGCUCAAAAUGAAACAAGGCUUAACCGAGUUUUGUGACACGUAUGCGAAGAAAUUUGGAGGGGAGGAUAAGGACAUGUCGUUCAUCUCCGAGUGUCUGAAGCAAGCUGCUUCGGUUCCCGAACCACAGCCUGGUGGUUCGGAUGAUGAGGAGAGUCAAAUAGUAACUAUGUUUUGUUGUGCGAGUUGGUGCAGGUUUCCGAUGUAUGAAGCGGAUUUUGGUUGGGGGAAACCGGUGUGGUUCACCACUAGUGAGUGUCCCGUGAAGAAUAGCAUUGUUUUGAUGGAUACCAGAGAUGGGGGUGGGAUUGAAGCCAUCGUGAACAUGGAGGAGCAAGACAUGGCCAGGUUUGAGCGUGACGUGGAGCUUCUGAAAUAUGCUUCUCUUAAUCCUGCUGUUGGACAUGGUAAUUAAGUUGUUAAGAUUUAUUACAUGGUUUUGCAGUUGAAAUUGUUGCAGCACGUGAUUCAACCGAUAAAAAUAAGGAUUCUAAUGCUUUAGUGUUUGCUUGGGGGUGUAUUGCGCAAUGUAAUGUGUACAUGAAUAAUUAAAGAAGAAUUUGGUCUGUUAAGUUGGAGAAUUUGUAUUGUUUAUGCUAUUGUUAACUUGUAAUUACUUGCAAAGAUAGUUUGACCCGACUCA